AUGUGCGCGGUACGGGGAGUUUGCAAGAAAGGCGGAACGGGCUUGGCGCAGUGCGGGGAUGGAAGGGAGGAGGGGCAUAGGCGGAGCAUGGGCGCGGAGGGGAUGGGAAGGGGAAGGGGGGGAUCGAGUGUGGAUGGGAUGGGGAGAGGAAGGGGGGAAGGGAUGGGAAGGGGAAUGGGGGAAGGGAUGGGAAGGGGAAUGGGGGAAAGGAUGGGAAGGGGAAGCGGAAGGGGAAGGGGAGUUUUGGAGAGGACAGUGGGGGGAGGUAGCUGGAAGGAGCGGCAGUUGGGGCGAGAGGGCAUGGGAUGGGGGGAGCUGGGGGGUGGGGGGCAAGAGGCGGUCGGGGAGGGGGAGGGCAUGGCAUGGCGCAGAGGGAGCAUGGGGGAUGCGGAUUGGCGGAUUGGUGGGGGAGGGGAUGCUGCCGGUGUGCACCGCAGGGCGGCUACAGUAGCUGGCCUGGGCGGCAUCCAAGACGUGGGCGGCAUGGGCGGCAUGAGUGGUAUGGUGCGAGACAAUGGGGGUGAAAUGGAUGCAACUGUGGGCGUGGGAAUCGUGCAGGGGACAGCAACGGCAGUGGGGAGGGGGAGGGCCCUUUUAUAUAGGGCCAUGGGAGGAGGUAGCUGGAAGGAGCACGCGGUGGGGCGAAACGGAAUGAGUGGUGGCGUGGGCAACAUGGGCGGUAUGGGCGGCAGUCAGAGGGAAAGGCCAACUGGUGGGCAGGUGGGGGAGUGGUUGGAGCAGGCACACGUUCCUGUAACGCAUAAGAUUGUAACGAGGAUGGGCCAAUCAAACCACUCCGGGCGGCAACAGGAGACGCCCCUCUUCGAGCUCCACGGCAGGCCUCUGCUCGCCUCUCACCAGCGCUGCUCGCUUCAAAGGCGUGACCCAGCGGUGGUGCCAGCUCAGCGUGCCAGUCUUCCAGGUCAGCAGAGCGCUAUGCCAGGUCAGCAGAGCACAGCUGUGGCUCGUGAUCUGCAGCACCGAGCAUCGUGCGCUCCUCUCGGCCUUGAGGGUGUGCCCAUCUCCCAACCCAACGACCAGCACUUGCAGCAGCAACACACUCAGCGGCAUUCCCAGCAGCAACCCCAGCAGCACUAUCAGCAGCUCAGCCAGCCAAGAGGCCCGUCCUUUCAACCCCUCAAUGCUGCUGCUGCUGUGCCAGCACGCACUGGUUGCGCCCGCGGCACCGCCUCAGCGUCAAGCGCUGAGCAUCGCUUGCAAGUCACUGAUGGGCGCGGAGGGAGCAAGUCCGCCUCUCUCCCCCUCAAUGCUGCUGCCACUGCCGCAUCUACUGGGGGGGCGGCAAUCAUCUGCACUGCUCCUGCUCCUGCUCGUGGGGGCAGCAGCCAGUGCGCCUCUCUGCACCGCCGCAUGCUCACCUUCCCCCUCCCCGCCCCCUCUCCCCACACCCGCAUCUCUCCUCCUCGUCCUUCUCCUGCGCCUCCUCCUCCUGCUGCUGCUGGUGGUGUGGCUUCUGCUGCUGGUGGUCCCACUGCGGUGUCCCUUCCUACUCAUACGGCUGCUGCUGCUGCUGCUGCUGCUGCUGCUGCUGCUACCUGUGCUGCGGGCAGCAAGAAUAGCGUCGGCAUGCACCGCUGCGAGCAUGCGUGCGAGCAUGGGCGUGGUGGCGUUGCUGGUGCUGGCAGCACGAGGGGACCAGUGAGCACAUUAGGACAAGUGACCCACGCCCCAUCCAGAUGGCACUCGUGGGGGGGUGCCACGGCUGGUACUCUCGCCACUGCAGCCAGCAGCAAGCCCAGGCCAGCACACCAUCUCUCUCAUAGAACCUCCUCUUCCCCUGCUGCCUCCCACAUCCCACUCCACACCGAGCCUCGGACUCAAGCUCGGGCCGCACCGGCAGCCCAGCUCCGGUCCCCUGCCGAGCCACCACCACAGCUGGCUAACUCCCAGCGACUCUAUGAGUCUCAGCCCUUGCAGCGGAGUCAGUUACGUGCCCCGCCUCUCACUCCCCUGCGCCUCACACCGCUUUCCCUGCUCGAAACCUCCUCUGCCUCCUCGCCCCGUCACACCCCCUCUCGGCAUUCCCCUGCCUCCGUGCCUGGAGCUCCUUCCCCCUGGCUCCCCCUCUCCCAACACUCACCUAACUCAUCCUCAUCCUUCUCCUCCCCCCGCUCGCUCCCCCCACACCCCUCCCCUCGCUUUCUCGCCCCACAAACCUCCCCUCGCUCUCUUGAACCACAGCCCUCCCCUCGCGCUCUUCCCCAGCAACCUUCCCCUCGCUCUCUCCCCCCACAGCCUUCCCCCCGCUCCCUUACCCGCGGCCCCACCUUCCCCUCCCCCAUGCCUGCUUCCACGGCCCGCUUUGUGCCCGCCCAUGUGUCCUCUCGUCACCGUGAAUCCCUCCUCCUCCUCCAUGCCACUGCUGCCGCUGCCCUCUCCGUGCCUGCCCCUGCUGCCACUGCUGCUGCUACUUCUGCUCUCCCUGAUGCUCACGGCGCUUCCCACAUACAAGCUCACACUCGCGCACAAACCAACGCACAGUCCCUUGCUUCCCAUGCACAACGCAAUACACCAUUUGAUGCUCCCAACGCACAAUCUCGUCCACAUGCGCAUGCACACAUGCCCGUGAGCAUGCCGCAUGCCACACGCACAAGGCUCAUGCCGCCCAGAACGCAUGUGCAAACAGCGGACUCCGUACCACCGCCCGCCGGCCAUGCAAGCCGCAAUAUGCCAAUCCCCAGCUGUGCUCCUCGCAAUAUGCCAAUCCCCAGCUGUGCUCCUCGCAAUAUGAAUGCCCAUGGCCAUCCAAUGGUGCGUGGUGGCGACUCAGCAGCAGGUGCAAGGGCGACUGGAAGGGCUGCUGUAGGAAGGGGGAGAGGUGUGGGAGGGGUUGUGGGGGAAGGUAUGCGGGGAAGUGCAGGGGGGGGUUCGGCGGGUGUUGUAAGGGGAGGUGUGGAUGGAGGUAUGGGGGGAGGUGUGGGAGGAGGUGUGGGGCGAGGCGUGGGGAGAGGUGUGGGGGGAGAUGUGGGGCGGGGAAGAGCACAUGACACGGCUCAAGGCGGAGGGGUGGGGAGCAGAGCAUGUGCUAUGGGGAGGGGCGUGGCGCAUAGGCAGUGUGGUGGGGGCAUUGGGGGGAGAGUGGGCGGGGCUGCUGUGAUAGGCGGCAAGAGGGAGACGCGGGGGAGAGUGCAGGAGGUAGAGAAUGGAGAGGAGAGGGGGACGAAGGAUGAGGACGAGGAUGAGGAGGAGGAGGAGGAGGAGGUGGUGGUGAGAAGGCUAGUUCACCUGGACAGUGUGUCACUUUGCAAGAGGAGGACGGGGGGGGAGACGCGGGGGAGGCAGGUGGAAGUCGAGGAGGAGGAGGAAGAUGAGGAGGAGGAAGAUGAGGAGGAGGAAGAUGAGGACACCGGGAGUGUGGUGGUACGGGUUUUCCCCCAUUCGGAUAGCAGUUCUGUGCACAAGUGUCACCGGAUAAGGGAUGAGGAGGAAUGGGAGGAGGAGGAAGAUGAGGAGGAGGAGGAGAGAGAGGAGGAGGGGGAGGUGCGUGUAUUUCCAUAUGCCAAUAGCGUUGCUGUGCACGAAUUCAGGCAGAUAUGGGAGGAGGAGCGGGAAGAGGAGUCAGAGGAAGAGAAAGAGGAGGUGAAAGAGGAGAAACAGGAGGACGAGUCAGGGGAACAUAGGGCUGAGGAGACAGAGGAAGAAGCAGAGGUGCGCAUGUUUCCACAUGCCAAUAGUGUUGCUGUGCAGAAGUACAGGCAGAUAUGGGAGGAGGAGGAGGAGGAGGAGGAGGAGGAGGAGGAAGAGGAGGAAGUGGAGGAGAAAGAGGAGGAAGACUUGGGAGAGGAAGAAGCAGAGGUGCGUGUGUUUCCACACGCCAAUAGCGUUGCUGUGCACAAAUUCAGGCAGAUAUGGGAGGAGGAUGAGAGGAAAGUGGAGGAGGAAGAGGAGGAGACAGAGGAGAAAGAGGAGGAGGAAUCGGGAGAGGAUAGGGCCGAAGAGGCAGAGGAGGAAGCAGAGGUGCGUGUGUUCCCACAUGCCAAUAGUGUUGCUGUGCAGAAGUACAGGCAGAUAUGGGAGGAGGAUGAGGAGGAAGAGGUGGAGAAUGAAGAAGAAGAGGAAGAGGGUGCAGAGGACACUCCGAAGGUUCGUGUGUUUCCUCACUCAAACAGCCUGGCUGUUGCUAGGCAGCGGAAUGGAGUGGGGAAUAGAGGGAGAGAGGAGGUGGAGGAAGAGGAGGACGAGGAGGAUGAGGAGGAGGAGGACAAGGAGGAGGACGUGGGGACAGCGGAAGAAGCAAGGGUUCGUGUGUUCCCACAUUCAAACAGUCUAGCUGUUGCCAGGCAGAGGAAUAGAGAUAGAGAUGAGGUAGAUGAAGUGGAGGAAGCGGAGGACGAGGAAGAGGAGGAGGAGGAGGAGGAGGAGGAAGACGAGGACGAGGAGGAGGAAGAGGAUGCCAAUGUGCGUGUCUUCCCCCAUGCCAACAGUGUAGCUGUGCACAAGUACAAGGAGAUAUGGGGGAGUUGA